AUGGAUAGAGAUGAUCUCAACAGUAUUCUAGAUGGAUUAGCACCCUCGUGCGCGUUGAAGCCAGUCAGAAAGCAUACAGCGAAGCCUCUGAUACUGAAUGAACUGGCGCCAAACGGGCAGGCUCACAUGUUCGUAAACAAACCACACACUGAUUACAACAAUUUGAGUGCUAGAACUCUUUCUGAACGCUUCAUGGAGGGUCUGCAUUUGCUAAAUUGCGAUUCGAUGAUGAAUGUAUGCCAUCUGGCAUAUUGGAAGCCCUCCUCCCACAAGCAAGGAAACCCCAUCGAAAAUGCUCUGGACGACAACCCUGAGACAUUUUGGCAAAGUGACGGUCUGCAGCCCCAUACACUAGAUAUUAUGUUUAGCAAACGUAUGACUAUCAGCAUGAUUGCAUUGUAUUUUUCACUGAUAUCAGAUGAAUCAUACACACCAAGAUUCGUAAAGAUCUAUGUAGGAAAUUGCCCCGCGGACGCAUUGUUUUACAAAACCCUAGACAUACUUGAUUUGAACGGAUGGAUUGCUUUGACUUUUGAAGAUAAUCGUGAAGAAGAUGGGCUGCUUAAAUGCCAGUUCAUCCGUUUGGUUUUCCCUGUCAACCACGAAAAUGGCAAAGACACUCAUCUGCGAGGUAUCAAGAUAUACGCACCUUGCAGAAAAAUUUCUGCAGAGUCUGCAGACUGGAUACAACUGUGCGAGUCUGGCAAUGCCUGUUUAACAGAGUGUUCCUUAAGGUAA